AUGUCAGUUGUAUUAUUCCAGGGUAGUGGAGAGACAGCAUUAAUGAGGGCUGCCCAGGAAGGACACCUGGAGAUCUGUAGAUUCCUCAUUGAUACAGGAUUUGUAUUAUUCCAGUAUAGAGGACUGACAGCAUUAAUGUGGGCUGCCAGUGGAGGACACCUGGAGAUCUGUAUACUCCUCAUUGAUACAGGAUGUAAGAUCGACAUCACAACACCAGGUUGGGGAGAGACAGCAUUAAUGAGGGCUGCCAGGUUAGGACACCUGGAGAUCUGUCGUCUCCUCAUUGAUAGAAGAUGUAAGAUCGACAUCACAGAUAACGAUGGAUACACAGCUUUACAUGCAGCUGCUGAGAGGGGAUAUCUACAGACCACAAGAUGUCUGGUAGAACAGGGAGGUGCCAAUCCCUUGGUAAAAACACAUGAGGGUCAGACUCCAUACGACUUAGCAGCAGAAUGUAUGCAAGGACAGUAUAAAGAAGUGAUGGAAUACUUACAGACUGUCAUGUCAGAGAAAUCUCCAGGUGACACUGCUGGACAAGAGAGAGAAGACGUUGUUUCCUAUGAAGAAAUGGCCUUUGGUGAUCCGUUGAUCAGGAUGAUUAUGUUAACGAUGCCUACGACCAGCAUUGAUAUAUUAUUUACAGUCGGAAACCCGGUUGAAAUAGAACAAAAGAAUCGAAGCUCUUUGCUAGAGAAGGUGAUGAAUGUGUUGUCUGUGCUGGUGCUAAGGGUGUCGGUGACGGUGCUAAGGCUUGUCGGUGACGGUGCUCAGGGUGUCGGUGAAGGUGCUAAGGGUGUGGGUGACGGUGCUGAGGUUAUAGGUGCUAAGGUUGUGGGUGACGGUGACAAAUAG